AUGCGUCGAAGCACUACUCAAUCGGAGAUCCCUCUCCCUAUUACCUACACCCCAACCACACACCGCAUCAGCAAGGCAAAGAAGGGAAAGCGGGUGCAUGCCUGCGAAUACCCGGGCUGCAACAAAGUUUUCACAAGAGCAGAGCACAGAAGACGCCAUGAGUUGAACCACAACCCAGAAGCUCUAUUUCGGUGUACCCACAGCCACUGCAAGAAGGCCUUUCACCGUCCGGACCUUCUGGCACGCCACAUGGAGAGACACGAGUUGGAAGCACAGAUGGAUCGGACAGCCCAAUGGCAACAGCAGAACCGCACUCCCAUCAUCUCCGAGCCCUAUGUACCCACCACUACGACGAUGCCCACGAGCCAAGGGCCGUAUCUAGCUGUAACCCAGCCGCAGAAUGCGAUGUCGGUGGGAUCACUCGUGGCACCUGCUAUUCACCCGGAUCUCUCCAACGACUGCGGUAUGAUGUGGAACAGCGUGGAAAUCCCAUCUGGGCACCAGACUCCCUUGUACCAGGGUCACCAUCAAGUCCACGAGUCCGUAGAAGACAGUCGGUAUUACGCUACCCCGGAAACGUGUCCGUCCCCUCUCUCGGACGGAACUUCCCUCUCAGUUCACUCCCACUCCCGUUCAUCUGCUGUCUCCACACCGGUCACAGUCGUUGAGCCAUAUCCUGAGAGUCUCAUGGAACCCGACCUGACUUCCUCGCCAAUGUCCAUGCAGUCGAACAUGCGUUGCUGGGAACAGCCAGACAUCAGCCUCCCCUCCCUGAGCAUGAUGCCGCUCCCUCUCACCGAAAGCCUUCUCCAACCGUCCAUCCACUGCCCUUAUCCAUCUCCUGGCUGGUCAACCACCCACCACCUGGCAUACGACGACCAUACUCUUCCGCCCGCAGCGUUUCCGCCCGCGAUGAACUGGAAGUCAUGGGCGCUGUGA